AUGGAGAGUGGUGGAAGUGUGUGUGUGUGGCUUGGAAGACUGCCCGGCUGCUGCGUCACAGCCAAAACAAACCAGAACAAGCAGCUGGGUGGCCGAAUCUCGCCCCAAACGACCUGCACCACUCUCGACCAUCCACCACCACCCCGCCGACGGCAGACGCUCCCCGGGCCAGGCCGCAGGAUGGCCCAUGCCGGCGCCGAGAAGCCCUUGCUGAGCCCGCCCCAGCCGCCCGCUCGGCCACCGCCCCGCCGCCCGCCCAGCACCAGCAGCAGCGCCUACGCCCGCCACCCGCAGCCCAGCACCGCCCUCGCCUGCUGGCCGAACCGGCGGAUCACCAAGGCCCUGCUGCUCUACCCCGCCGUCCUCCUCGGCCUCGCCUUCCUCUACCUCCGAUAUCUCCACCGCCUCAUCUUCAUCGACUACGCUGCCUUCCCCCCUCGCACCGGCCCCGUCAUCGUCCACCCCGGCGUCGACCCGGAACUCUCCGUGCCGGCCUACAACCUCACCGAGCACAUCCUCCGCACCUCUCGCCCGUCGGGGGCGCCCAUCCUCGACCAUAACCUGCGGAUCGACCGGGCCAUCGACGAGCUUACGAGGCGCUUCCAGUCCGUCUGGAUCAGCCCAUCCUCGCUCAGCUGUCGGCCCUCGCCGGAGACCGAGGCGCUGCUCCGGACGCGCUUCCUGGACGCCGCCGGCCGGCCGCAGGGCCGCCACAAGCUGAUGAUUGCGCUGAACCUGCAUUCGUCGCAGGAGGUGCUGCCGGCGCUGACGGAGGGGAUCCUGACGGCGCUGCGCUAUCUGGGCCCCUCGAAGGUGUAUGUGUCGGUGUACGAGAACGGGUCGUGGGACCACACGCCGGAAGGCCUGGGGCAUCUGGGCGCGGUGCUGACGGGGCUGGGCGUGGGCCACCGGAUCCGGUGCGCGCGGGAGGAGACGAUCUGGACGGGGGUGGACCGGAUCAAGCUGCUGGCGGCGUACCGCAACGAGGCGCUCUCGGGCUUCGCGCAGGCCGACCGGAUCCUCGCCGGGCUCUCCGACCUCGUCUUCAUCAACGACGUCUUCCUGUGCGCCCAGGACAUCCUCGAGCUGGUCUGGCAGCGCCGCGUCCAGGGCGCGGAUGCGGCGUGCGGGACCGACUGGCGGGAGGCCAAGACCCUGCUCGACCAGUACGGCUGGCCCGCCACACCCGUCCGCGACCCCUCGCCCUCCGAGCCGGCCGCGGACAAGACGGUGGUCUUCUACGACUCCUGGGUCACCCGCUCGCUGUCCGGGAAGACCCUGCGCCCCCGGCUCGACCUGCUCACGGAAUACAAGGACGGAUACGCGGCGAUCUUCGCCGCCGAGGAGUCUCAGCUCUUCCAAGCCCGCUUCCGCAACGCCCUCCCCGUGCCCGUGUAUUCGUGCUGGAACGGCAUCGUCGCCCUGGCCCCGACGCCCUUCCGCGCGCCCCAGGGCCUCCGCUUCCGGGCGGCCGACCGUCGCGCAGACGAGUGUCCGUCCUCCGAGUGCCAGCUCCUCGCCAAGGACUUCUGGUCCCUCGGCUUCCCCAAGUGGAUCCUCGUCCCCAAAGUCGCCGUCACCUACACCCGCACCAUCUACCACGCCCCCGCCCUCGUCCGCGGUUCCAACCGCGACAACCGCCCCGCCUCCCGCCGGCCCCCUCAUCUCUCGCCCGUCUCCCUCGCCGACGCCCAGGCCUCGGCGGAGGAAAUCGACUGGAGCCGGUACUCCAAGCCCGACACCGUCGUCUGUUGGCCCGAUAUGUACAAGUUCCACAUCGAUUUCGAGUGGAACCAUGUCCUCGAAUCGCCCUACAAUCCCAAACUCUUGGCCGGCCCUCACCAUCCCGACCACCCUGGCUAUUCAAAGCACUUCUCCAACUCCGCGCCCACCUAA